AUGAGCAUUGACAAUGAGGCCUACGACGACAUCGAAGAGGAGAUUGUGCGGCAGCGAGUCCAUGCUGCUCGGACGCUCUUCCACCAACCGAGAGGAGAUAACGAUACUGUAAACUCUACACGCUCCCUAUACGACACAGACGUUAUCUACCAUAUGAUCCACGGUCGUCGAUAUUGCGGCGAAUACUAUAUGCCAAACGACGAGGAGGAGCAAACGCGCAUGCAAAUCCUCCAUGGAGUACACUACUCCCUCCUCUCAAAUAGCUUGACCACGGUGCCCCUCUCUUCCCCCACAAAGAUUCUCGAUGUUGGCACCGGACCAGGAGAUUGGGCCAUGGCCAUGGGAGAUGAAUACCCAGAUGCAGAAAUAAUCGGCACAGACAUAGCGAAGAUCCAGCCUAGUGCCGUGCCUCUGAACGUCUUCUUCGAGAUUGACGAUGCAGAAGAAGAGGGCGGAUGGACGUGGGCAGACGACGAAUUCGAUCUUGUCCAUUUCCGACAUAUGGCAGGCGCCUUUUCAGAUUGGUCUGAGGUCUACCGUGAAGCGUGCCGAAGUCUGAAGCCAGGUGGUUGGAUUGAGGUUCUUGAUUUUGAUAGCCAUGAUAGGACACUUUUGAGUUUCUUUGGCAAGGAUUCGGAGGUUGCGGAUUGGUUGAAGACGAUAAACGAGUGUGCCAAGAUGUCCGGGCGGCCUAGAGGAGUUGCCCAUCUUCGACCAGAGGUUUUUACUUCUGCAGGUUUCAUCGAUGUUCAUGUUACCGAGAAGACGAUUCCAAUGGGAGUUUGGCCUGAAGACAAGGAAGACAAGAAGCUAGGGAAACACUUCCUGAUCGCGCAGUUGUGCGGGGUUGAGUCGGUGUGUUUGAGGCCCUUUGCGGAGCAGAUGGAAUGGGAUGUUGAAAAGAUCAGAAAUCUUUGCGAUACCGUCACUCAGUCUAUCAGGGAGGUGGCCCUCGAUCCGAGCUCGAAUGGGUUGGGGUUCACGGUGCGGAUCGUCACUGCAAGGAAACCAGAUGGGAUGGAGGUAGAUGACCCUGACGAGGAAAGUGUCAGAACCACGACUAUGACGGGCUUAAAUGGCAAUUCUUGA